AUGAAUUUGUGUAACAAGAAUGGAACCAGUCCUCUUUAUGUAGCUUGUCAAAAUGGAUAUGAUAGCACAGCACAACUGUUAAUGAACAAGGGUGCAGACAUCAAUUUAUGUGAUAGUGAUGGAUGCAGUCCUCUUUAUGUAGCUAGUCAAAAUGGACAUGAUAACACGGUACAACUUUUACUGAACCACGGUGUUGACAUCAAUUUAUGUGAUAAGGAUGGAAACAGUUCUCUUUGGAUUGCUUGUGAAAACUCACAUUGCAGCACUAUCGAACUUCUACUGAAUUCAGGUGCUGAUGUAAAUUUGUGUAAUAAAGGAAACUGCAGUCCGCUGUUCCUAGCAUGUUUCAAUGGCAAUAAAAGCAUGGUUAAACUUUUAUUGAACAAAGGGGCAGACAUCAAUUUAUGUGACAACGAGGGAACCAGUCCACUCUACAUAGCCUGUGAGAAUGGACAUUACAGCACGGUCCAAUUAUUAUUAGAAAAAAUGCUUGUGUCAAUUUAUGCAAUAAAGACAAUAAGAGUCCAUUGUGCAUAA